AUCGAGAAAAUUACGAUGGAACAGCUGCACUAUGCUCGGCUCGGCGUAGGCGGUGCGGGUGGUUGGCAACUGUUCGCCGAGGAUGGUGAUAUGCGGAUGUACCGACGGGAGGAGGAGGCCGACGGACUGGUCGUGGACCCUCUCAAGGCGUGUCACGUCGUCAAGGGGGUGACCGGUCACGAGGUCUGCGAGAUAUUCUUCAGUCCCGAAUACAGAAGCGGUUGGGAAGCCACUCUGGAGGACAUGGCGAUCGUCGAGAACAUUUCCAAGGACACGCUGUUAUUUCUGCAAACGCACAAACGUAUCUGGCCGGCGAGCCAGCGGGACGCGUUGUUCUGGUCGCACAUACGCCGGGUGUCUGAUGAUCAGGAUCGCGACGCUCACGAUCUGUGGAUAGUCUGCAAUCACAGCACUGAACAUCCCGAUCAUCCACCGAACGCGGGUAAAUGCGUGAGAGUCUAUCUGACAGUUUGCCUCGUAUGCC